CUGGAGGAUAAAGGUUGCUGUGACUCCUAAUGUUUCCAAAGAGGAAGGCAUGCUGGAAGCUGGGCUGGCAGACAGGAGCAGAGGACACUGGUUUUCUGAAUGCAGUCGGUCAGUAUGGUUUAGGAUAACGGCCUGAGACCUCCACAGCUAUGAAGAGCCUGUUCAUGUCUUUUUGUUGUGUGCUUCUGGACCUCACAACCAUCCACAGCCAUGUGCUCAUGCAGGGCCGUAUCGUGGGUGGACACACUGCUGCACCAAACUCCAUUAAAUACAUUGUGUCUCUGCAGAGCACCAGAGGUCAACACUUCUGCGGUGGAUCAUUGGUUCACAGGUACUGGGUGCUGACCGCAGCACACUGCAAUAUUGGGGCCGAGCACAUGAUGAUUGUGGCAGGCGACUACAUUGUGAAUUCCUUCGAGGGCACUGAGCAGUACGCCAAACCCCACAGGCUGGUCACCCAUCCGCUCUACAAUGGGAGCACUAACAAUGCAGACAUCAUGCUCAUUAAGCUGCGAGCCCCCAUGGUGCUGAACCGAUACGUUUCGCUGGCGCCUCUGCCAAGGCAGGGGACGGGAGUGGUUGAAGGCCUGAUGUGCCGGGUGUCUGGGUGGGGGUAUAACAGUGCGGGUGGAGGCCAGGCUCCCUUCACGCUCAGGACUGUCUCUGUGCCCAUUGUUUCCACCCCAAGGUGUAACAGCAGUGAGUCCUUCAACGGGAAUAUCACAGCAAACAUGAUCUGUGCCGGCUACAGGACCGGAGGGAAAGAUGCAUGCAAGGGAGACUCUGGAGGGCCGCUGGUGUGUGGGGGGCGUGUCUAUGGCUUGGUCUCUUGGGGCCAGGGGUGUGGUAAUGCAAAGUUUCCAGGAGUCUACACAGCAGUGUCCAAAUUCCGCCGAUGGAUAGACCAAACCAUCUACCGCUCACACUAUAGAUGUACCAGAUACUGAUGAUGACAGUUAUAAAAACUAUACUCUGAAACUAUCUUGCUAAAAAUGCCAAUCCCAUCCAGUGCAGUAAUUGCAUGAUAUACUACAGUGGGCACUUUGUAUGCCCACUGUCUUUUACAUCCAGUGAUGUGAAGCUAUAACUUAUAACAUGGAAAAUACUUUUCAAUAAAUAAUCAAAGUUAGAAAGUGCUUUGUGCUGGGUAAGUUUAGACUGACUACAGUAGUUAUAUCUGUGAAUUGUUGCAUCUGUACAACUUAGAGGCCUUUUAAAACUGCUUUAUUUUCUAUUCCUUAGACAUGAGUUCAUACACAAACAUGCCAAGUAGUUCUUUUUUCUUCCUAACAAGUGAAUUCUUCUAGUUAUUGAACCCUAUUUUUUUUUAAAUGGCGACCAAACACUAGAUUAAUUAUCAAAUAUCACAUUUUUCCAACUGUUUUAAGCUUAUUGGCAUGCUACUCAAUACAGUUGCAUUUAAAGAUUUUUAAGUUAACUUGAGUAACACCAAAUUGACAUCUUAUUUUUGGGGAUCUUGACCAGAAAUCUCCUUAGUGAAAGUCCUGCACACUUUCCAACUCUUUAAAGCUGC